AUGGAGAAUCUUCCAGUCGACUACUUCGUGAAUACCGGCGCAUUCACCAAGGGGCUCGUCAAAUCAUUUGCCAAAGCCGUGUCCAAGGGCAUUGUGAUAAUAUCUCGCUCUGCUGUUGAGGUCGAGGUUGUCCGUCAAGAGAUCCUCGCAAUCAACAAAGGAAUCGAAGUGCUUGCUGUUGCAACAGAUGCUCGCGAUGCAAAUCGAUACUUGGUGGACGGAUUUUCAAUUGCUCUGCAUCCGAGAAUCGUGAUGACUGAGAUGACCGCCGGCCCCUUCCAAUGCUUUGCAUUGGAUACUCCAGAGCUUGUGGGAGGACUCGGCGUUUGCUUGUCGACUGAGAAGGCGGCUUUCCUGAAUGGAAAGUAUGUCUCUUCGAACUGGAGUGUGGAAGAUUUGGCGGCUAGGAAGGAGGAAAUUGUUUCUGAUGGAAAGCUCUCGCUUAUCUUGAAAGGAGACUUUGGGGAGAAGCAAUUCGCUUAG